AUGGCACGUAUUCCUUUAAAGCAGCUAUUAGUGGAUGAUCCUAAGAAAGUUCUUGUUCUUGAUGGUGGUCAAGGAACAGAGCUUGAAAACAGAGGUAUCAAGGUCGCCAACCCCGUAUGGUCUACCAUCCCAUUCAUCAGUGAAUCAUUUUGGUCUGACGAGUCAUCUGCUAACAGGAAAAUCGUCAAAGAAAUGUUCAACGAUUUCUUGGCUGCUGGCGCUGAAAUAUUGAUGACGAUAACAUACCAAACCAGUUUCAAAUCCGUCUCUGAAAACACCCCSAUCAAAACUUUGGCAGCRUACGAUAAUCUUUUGACUAGAAUUGUCAACUUUUCCCGUGACUGCAUCGGCGAAGAAAAAUACCUGAUUGGCUGUAUCGGUCCAUGGGGCGCUCAYGUUUGUUGUGARUUCACAGGUGACUACGGACCUAAUCCGGAAAGCAUUGACUUUUAUCAGUACUUUAAGCCCCAAUUAGACAACUUCAACAAGAACGAGAACUUAGAUUUGCUUGGGUUCGAGACAAUUCCUAACAUUCAUGAGCUGAAGGCCAUUUUGUCCUGGGAUGAGAGCAUCCUAUCGAAACCUUUCUAUAUUGGGUURUCUGUGCACGARCACGGUGUCUUGAGAGAUGGCACCACCAUGGAAGGAGUUGCAAAAGUUAUCAAAGACCUGGGCGACAAGAUCAAUCCUAACUUCUUGCUUUUGGGAAUCAACUGUGUUAGUUUCAAUCAGUCUCCUGGUAUCCUCGAGUCCCUACAUCGUGCUUUACCUAAUAUGCCCUUGCUUGCUUAUCCAAACAGUGGAGAAGUUUACGACACUGAAAAAAAGAUAUGGUUGCCAAAUAGUGAUAAGCUAAACAGUUGGGACACAGUGGUUAAACAGUACGUCGGUAGCGGUGCUCGUAUUAUCGGGGGUUGUUGUAGAACAGCUCCAAAAGAUAUCCAACAGAUUUCUGCUGCUGUCAAGAAGUACACUUAG